AGAAAGGUUAAGACCUACCAGAACCUGACUGUUACCAUACUCCGAGCAAAAAACAACCAAUCUCAUGAUUAUUGUGAGUCAUAUUGUCUUCGCCUUGUGCAUACUUUUCAUAGAUUUCUAAAUUCAUUAUCAGAGCAGACACUUUUUUUUUGUGAAAAAAAAAAAACUGAACUACCACUUUAAGCUUUUUAUUUAAUGUCUCUGAUCUGUUUCUACACACAAAUAGUUUUGCCAAUAGUGGGUAGGUCUUUGUAACAGUCCUGUUUUGUUUUACAGGGUCUGAGUCGGACUGUUAUGUUAUUGUACGCCUCCCCACAGCGUCUGCCAGGUCUCACCGUACUAAGACCAUGCCCAACAGCAAGACCCCAGAGUGGAAUGAGAGUUUCCACUACAGGGUCCACAGUCAUGUCAAG